AUGGGGCUGAACUACAGGUUCUUGCUGUGCCUCCUGCUCUGGGGAGGUGUGGAGCAGUGCUGUCCCUACCCCAUCUUGCUCUCCCAGGCUGGGCCCCCUGGGCCUGUGGAGGUGGAGUGUCUGGAGGCUCAGCUGGUGGUGAAGGUCAGCAGAGACCUAUUCGGUACAGGAAAGCUGGUGCAGCCAGCCGACCUCAGCCUGGGCCCCGAGCGCUGUCAGCCCCUGGUCUCCCUGGACAGCGAAGUGGUCAGAUUUGAAGCUGGACUGCAUGAAUGUGGCAACAGUGUGCAGCUGAUGGACGACGCCCUGGUGUACAGCACUUUCCUGCUGCACGACCCUCGCCCCGCAGGAAACCUGUCCAUCCUGAGGACCAGCCGUGCACAGGUCCCCAUCGAGUGCCGCUACCCCAGGCAAGGCAAUGUGAGCAGUCAUGGCAUCUUGCCCACCUGGGUCCCCUUCUGGACCACCAUGUCCUCGGAGGAGAGCUUGAUGUUCUCUCUGCGUGUGAUGCAGGAAAACUGGAGUGCUGAGAAGUCAUCUCCCACAUUCUACUUGGGUGAGGUGGCCCAUCUUCAGGCAGAAGUUCACACCAGCAGCCAUUUUCCCCUGCGACUGUUUGUGGACUACUGUGUGGCCACCGCCACGCCGGACUGGAGCUCUUCCCCUUACCACGUCCUCGUGAACUUCCAUGGCUGCCUAGUGGAUGGUGUCUUUGGUGGCUCCUCUGCAUUUCAAGUCCCCAGACCUGGGCCGGAGAUUCUCCAGUUUACCAUGGAUGUGUUCCACUUUGCCAAUGACUCCAGAAACACGAUUUAUAUCACCUGCCACCUAAAGGUCAUUCCAGCCACCCAAGCCCCAGAUCCAGUCAACAAAGCCUGUUCUUUCAGCAAGUCUUCCAACAGCUGGUCACCAGUAGAGGGCACCGCAGACAUCUGCAAAUGCUGUGACACUGGUAAUUGUAGCAGGGCAAACCAAUCCAGUGACAUGAACCAUGGGAAGACCAGGGUGCCCAACGUAGCUUCAAGAAAGCGCAGACACAUGACAGAUGAAGCUGAUGUCACUUUGGGGCCGUUGAUCUUCCUGGGGAAGGCCGGAGACUACAGCGUGGAGGGUUCCACCUCUCCUGCUCGCACCUCCAUGGCACUGGGCUUAGGCCUGGCCACUGUGGCAUUUGUCACCAUGGCUGUAAUCAUCGUGGGUCUGGCCAGAGACUGUCACACUGCUUCCCAUUCUGUGUCCACUUCCCAAUAA